UCGCUGCCCGUUACGCUUUCUGGUCUGUAGCGGCUGGAGGAAAGAGGAAGCCACGUUGACACAGAGCGUGGUACUUCAGUCGUCAAGCUGACUGUCUGUGGCCUCGGGACGUAACGGUCACCGCUUCAUCUUAGAGACUAAACUAACACCAGAGGAGAGGGCCAGUUAAGUCACAUUAUCAGACAGGAUGAGUGUCGGAUUUAUUGGAGCAGGCCAGUUGGCUCAUGCGCUGGUGAAAGGCUUUACAGCUGCAGGUGUGAUUGCUGCACACAGGAUUACAGCCAGCUCCCCAGACACAGACCUGCCGACGGUGUCAGGACUGAGGAAAAUGGGGGUGAACCUGACAACAAGCAACAAAGAGACCGUAAAUAAGAGCGAUGUGCUCUUCCUGGCCGUAAAACCCCACAUCAUCCCCUUCGUUCUGGAUGAGAUUGGGCCAGACAUCGAGGACCGUCAUCUCAUAGUGUCGUGUGCUGCAGGUGUGACCAUCAGCUCCAUUGAAAAGAAACUACUACAUCACCGUGAAGCCCCUAAAGUCAUGAGAUGUAUGACAAAUACUCCUGUAGUUGUGAAGGAGGGAGCAACGGUGUACGCCACUGGGACACAUGCAGAGGUGGAAGAUGGCAAGUUACUGGAGCAGCUGAUGGCCAGUGUAGGAUAUUGCAUUGAGGUGGAGGAGGACCUCAUUGAUGCCGUCACUGGGCUGAGUGGAAGUGGACCAGCCUAUGCGUUCACUGCAGUGGAUGCUCUUGCAGAUGGAGGAGUGAAAAUGGGUCUGCCCAGGAGACUAGCUGUCAGACUAGGAGCUCAGGCUCUGUUGGGAGCAGCUAAGAUGUUGCUGGAGUCGGAACAGCACCCGGGCCAGCUGAAGGACCAAGUCUGCUCACCAGGGGGCGCCACCAUUCAUGCCCUGCAUGUCAUGGAGAGUGGCGGCUUCCGCAGCCUCCUGAUCAACGCGGUAGAGGCUUCUUGCAUCAGGACACGGGAACUGCAGUACCUGGCAGACCAGGAGCGCAUUUCUCCAGCAGCCAUCAAGAAAACCACACUGGACCAGGUUCUCCAGCAACCUGGAGUGACAGUCAGCGGAGAGACGAAUGGAAACAGUAGAUCGGGGAUCAGCCUGUUCAACAAUCGUGGUCCAGGGGUGAAGAAGAAAAACUGAGUUGACAGAUGAGCAGACACACAAACAUGUUACAGAUUCAAGUGUACACAUGUGAAAAUACACACGCUUUAUACCGUUCAGCCAUAAUAUCUGGAAAAAACAGGACUCAGGACUGAUCUCAUGUCAUUUUCAAAUUACUUUGCCAAAUAAUUUAUUCGUUCAUAACAAUGAGGACCUGAUGGUGUCACCUCCAGGUUACACACAUGCACAGGUGUAUUCUGUGUGCAUCGAUCACCGUUAUAGCCUUAUGGUGGAAUGCACAAUUGCUUUCUACAAGUACACAAAUCCAGAGACACAGUGACAAGCAAAAGUGCGUUGACAAAAUGUUAUCUGUCUGUUUGGGCUCUAGACUGUCUAGAGCUGUUACUUUAAUGACCCAGUGCGCCAUCAUGGGAUCCUGGUGAACACUAGGCAGCAGAUGGCUGCUGGGAACCAUCAAGCUGUUAAUGUAUGUCUUUAAGAGGUUUUUUUUUUUUUUUUUGUUUUUUUUUUUUUCCCUUUCCCCCUUCUAAACAAUGUUAUUCAACGUUUACCCUUCUUUAGCCAACAGUAUUAUGCUGUUAAUGACUAAAUAUGAAUUUUGCCAAUUUUUAAUAUCUUGAUUCUAAGUAUUUCUUAUAGUCAUAUAUGAACUCUACAAACAUUAUGGAUUAAAAAUACCUCCCUGUAUGUAAUAUUUGGGGUUUAGCACAUUAAGAGCAAUGUGCCUUCAACCCAUAGUUUGUUUUCUCACACAUAAAAGUCAUUCCAAGCUGUUGACAGUUUUCUUCAGAUCUCUCUUUCUUUCUCUCUGUCUCUCUCUCUCUCUGCACAUUUUGUUUCACACCACAAAGGCACUUUUUGUUUUUGUUUUCUUUUAUAAGGAAAUAUGAUGUCAUUAGUAGGGGUGUCAUGAUCUCGACUGGAAAUCAUCUAAUAUCGAUCGAAAUGACGACACAAUCUCGACCUUUCAAAGCAAAGGUGGAAUCGAGGAUUUAACGUGCUGGGGGGGCAGUUCCCUGCCAACUAAUAGUAACCAGGGAAACUGCUGAUUGACACACUGACCAAACUCGGUGUUUAAGCUAUGUUAUGCGCGUGUAGCAUACUCCAGGAUAUCUCAGCAGGAGUCAUAAGGACGUAGAUGUAACUAUGAGAAUGACUAAAUUCAGGUAACUAAAAAAAAUGGCAGACCCUUCUGUGCUAAAAGAGAGGGGGGGGGAAUAGGUUGAGAAAUCAAUUCCAAUCUAGGAUUUGGAGAAUCGUGACACCCCUCGUCAUUACCUCAAAGUGCUGUAAGAAAGCUUCAAUCAUUUAAACUGCUCACUGAACAAUACUUAAUCAUGGUAAACGAAGCAUAACAUCUGCCACCAAUCCGUCCAAACUGUUUGUUUUUGUUUGGUUUAUAUUCUGUAUAGUUUUGUCCCCACAAUGUAAUAGAUGUUAUCUAUGCUUUUGUUGAGCAUAUCGACCACUGAACUGGUGUACCAGUCAAAAAGACAAUAUUAAAGAAGCUGAAUCAAAA